UUUCCCACACAUCAUCUGAUUGCACAACCUAACCACAUGUGAGAUUGAAGAGGAAAUACGGGAAAACCUCCAAAUGUUACAUUCUGCUUCUUCCUCACAUUGUUUUGUGCAAGCCCACAAUGAGGACCACAGGGAUAUUUAUUGGCUUCUUUGAUGCCACAGUUCUGUGCCUCAUCUGGCUAACAAAGUAUACAGUGGACUCAAUUCAGCUUUCAGCUCCAGAGGCAGUAACUGCAGCAUAUGGAGGAUCUGUGACCGUCGCUUGCCAGUACGACCAGCAGUACAGAGAAAACACAAAGUACUGGUGCAAAGGAGCUGUGUAUGAAUUUUGUGUCAUAGUGGUGAAAACACCCAAGAACCGACCAAAUAACAGAAGCUUAAUUUCUGAUGAUAAGGAGGCAGGGGUUUUCACAGUCACUAUGACUUCACUCAGAUACAGUGACGCCAAUGUGUACUGGUGUGUCAUCUCACAAUCCGGAAGGAACAUCAACACUCGUGUCAGACUCUACGUUACCCAUACAGUGGCAACAUCCACCACUGCAACCACACCAACCAGUGCAUCGCCAACACUAGAACAUGAUGUAAUAAGCUGGUGGGCGACUCUACGUUGGAUCCUCUUUAUUUUAAUAUUGUGUUGUUUGGUAUCAACACAUAUCGCUUUGUGCAAGGAAAAUACAUCUGCAGCAACAAUUUCACUGUGAAAACUCAAACAUUUAUGGCUGAAAAGUCAGGCAACACCAUGAUUUUAAAUCAUGAGUGAAUUAUAAACGCAAUUGAUACUGAGGCUACAAAACCAUUUCUCCAGCGAGCGGACACUCUAUCAGUGUGUGAAUUAAACUGAAAAAUAAACCAAGUGAAAAAUUG